AUGUCCGAUAUAAUUGGAAAAACUGUCGAAUGUAAAAGUGGUAAACAUUGUGAGUUUGUCUGGAAUUUUGUCUGAAAAUUCAAUAUUUCUUUUAUUUUAUUGCAGAUACCGUGCUGGAAUGUUUGAACGAGGGAGUUUUUGGCAAGAUUUACAAGGUUAUCGAUAGGAAUUAUGUGAGUUUGGUAUCAAAAUGAUGAGGAGAGAAAUGCGCAUCUUUUGAAUGUAAAAAAAAAUCUUGGAAGUUUUCCAGUCGAGUUUGGUUUCAAAAGAAUGAGCUCAGCGAGCCGCAGCUGUAGAUCACAAAAUCAAGUUUUUUUGCAGAACGAAAGUAUGGCGAUGAAAGUUUUUCUGAAUACGCAUCCGAGUGCAAUGGAAAAGAGUUGGCAGCUGGAAACCGAUGCACUGAAAUGUGUUCAAAGCACGGCCGAUGAGAUGUGAGUGGCAAAAUUGGAAGAUUUUCAUUGAAGAUACCUUGUUAACAUGAGCAAUGGCUCAAAAUCAGCACAAAUAUCUGAAAUUUUGAUGAAGUUUCGAGAAAAACAUGAUUUUCAGCUAAAAAUCAUAGAAAAUUUGAUUUUUAACCUAAACUCGAUCAGAUUCCGGUGUUUUGCAUUAAAAACCCCAUAGAAUUUACUCUAACAUGAGCAAUGGCUCAAAAUUUAUAUAAAAACAUGAUUUUCAGCUCAAAAUUCACAAUUUUCCUCCCAAAUUCAUAGAAAAUUUGAUUAACCUGAUCAAUCUUGCAGGAACAUUGUGAAAAUGACGGAUUAUGGAUCGAUAAGAGACGAAAAUCUUCCGCGAAAAAUGUCGAAUCGAUAUAUUGUGAUGAAUUUGUUGGGAAAAUCGUUGUAUCAAACAUUGAAUCCGAAAAAUGAGCAGCAAAUUGAGACUUUGGCGUUUGAAAGUGAGCGAUUUCGAAAAUUUGGUUGAAAAUUCGUGAUUUUCAAGUUAUUUUUUUUCUGAAAACCAUGAAUUCCAGCUCAUUUUUCAUCAAAAAUUAUGAUUUUCACUUGAAAAUCCCCAGAAAUCCUCAAAAUUCUUCUUGCAGAUUCCGAUAUUGUCGAAAUUGGUUAUCAAAUUGCUGUUGCAAUGAAGCAUCUUCAAUCCCUGAAUAUUUUACAUUUGGAUUUGAAACCGGAGAAUGUUUGUUUUGUCAAAGUUAAUAAUCAGGUAAUUUUUCACCAUUUGCUCAGGUUAAUCAAAUUUUCAAACAAAUUUGGCUGAAAAUUAUGAAUUUUGAGCUAAAAAUCAUUUUUCUAUUGAAAAAAACAGAUUUUCUAUAAUUUUCAGAUGAAAAUUAUUUAUUUUCAGCCAAAUUUCACAUUUUUCAAGCCAUUGCUCAUCUUAGCAAAUAUUCAAAAGCUCAAAUUUCACGGAAUCCAGCUUUUUUUCCAACUGAAAUCAAUCUAAUAUGAGCAAUGACUGAUUUUUUGAAAAUCUAUUUUUUCUGGAAAUGUCACUGACAUGAGAAAUAGCUGAAAUUCAUCUGAAAAUAAAUCUAAUAUGAGCAAUGGUCUUGAACUUCAAAAAAGCCUGAAAAUAAGUAUUGAUUUUUUUCUAGAUCAAAUCCAAAAGAUUAUUCGAUGGUCGCUUAUUAUUAUCAAUGGAAAAUACACAAAUCAAACUAAUCGAUAUUGGAUGUUGUCGAUUUAUCGAAAAUAAUUCAAAAACCAAAUCAAGCGAUGUUGUCAACAUCGAAGUUCAAACACAAAACUAUCGAGCACCCGAAGUAUUUUUGGGAUUAGGAUUCUCGAAAAAAUCGGAUAUUUGGUCAUUUGGUUGUGUUUUGUCGGAAUUGUACACGGGAGAAUUGUUGUUUUUUGGAGGAGCGAAUAAUGAACAUUCGGAAGAGGUUCAGAUGGAUAUGAUGCAAUCCACGUUGAGAAGAGCUGUUCCGUAUUCAAUGUUGCAAAAAGCGUUUGAUUUGGGGUUAGUGGAUUUUUGCACUUUAAAAAAUCCACUGUUUCAAAAUAUUUUCAAAAUUCUGAAUUUACAACAAAAAUUGUUCUCGUUAUGUAUCUGGAAAAAAUGUCCAAAAUGAAAUUUACUAAGAAAUUCAGAAGUAAAAAAAGUUCACUGUUUCAAAAUAUUUUCAAACUAAACAUCUCUCAAAAUUUACUAAUAUUAUAGUUUUUCUUUGCAAAAUAAUCCACUAGAGUUUUUCAGCUCAAAAAUUGAAACUUUUAGCUGAAAUAAUUUCACUGUUUCAAAACUUUGGUUUUAUUUCGGAAAACAUGAUGGUUUUUUGCUCUGUGUUUCAAAAAAUAUUGUUUUAAAUAAAUCACUGUUUCAAAGUAUUGUUGUUAAUUUGAAAACUUUUUUGAAAAAAUGAUGAUUAAAUUGCGUCAUCAAAAAUAAAUUUCAUCAGCCAAUGAAUAUUUUUCCGAUUUCCAGAAGUCAAAAAGUGAUGGACACAAAGCACGGAAUUCGAUAUCGCAAGGAAAAUGUGGCACGAAUUGUUGAGAGUCCCACUAUUUUUGUGAGUUUUUUUUAUUUUCAAAAAAAAUUAUUGAUUUUUUGUAGUGCAACAUUCGUCCCUCUGAUUUCCAAGGCUGUCAAUUAUACGAUCUAAUUUUGGAUUGCCUCGAAAUGGAUCCAGAAGAUCGUCCGAAUUUUGCAGAAAUUCUCGAAUAUCAAUUUUUCAACCGAAAAACUGAUAGACUAAUAACUUUGGAAUAA